CGGCUCGCGGGGCUGACCACGUACAAGCUCCUAACUCCGCACCCAAGCAUUUAAUUGCUCACGUCAUUGUGAAUCUGUGACUGUAAUAUAUAAAUUGACUGGAGGGUUUACAAUGUGAUUGAUCGACGAGACUCACCUGUAUAGCUCAGUCACUUUCCAAAACUCACCUUUGACCUACCUUUGACCCGACCCUCGACAUCCUCACAACUCGACCCGAAAUGCCCGUCUACUGCGUCACCGGUUCCAACCGCGGCAUCGGCCUUGAGCUGGUCCGUCAGAUCGCCGCCCAGCCCGACACGACCGUCCUAGCCCUGACCCGGACGCUAUCCAACGACCUUUCAGACCUCGAAGCCAUCAAGACCUCGGGCGCCAACGUCCACAUCCUCGAGUGCGACAUUGGCAACCCAGACUCCAUCGCCAGCUUUGCCUCGUCCGUCGCCCAGACCCUCGGCUCCGGCGCCAAGAUCGACGUCCUGAUCAACAACUCGGGCGUGCAGCUCUCCGCCACCGAGACCAGCCUCGCCUUCAACCCGGCCGACAUGUCCGAGACCCUCCGCAUCAACACGGUCGGGCCCGCACUGGUCGUGUCGCACCUGCACGCCGCGUCGGCGCUGUCGACCUCGGCGCGCAUCGUCAACAUCUCCUCGGGCCUGGGCUCCAUGGCCGCGACGCUGUCCGGCGACGGCCGACACAUGUUCUCCUACAGCGUGUCCAAGGCCGCCCUCAACAUGUUGACCGUCCACCAGGCCGGCGACCUGCGCGCCGCAGGGGGGCUGACCGACGCCAUAGUCGUCGCCAUGGACCCCGGCUGGGUGCAGACGCGCAUGGGCGGCGGCGGCGCGGAGCUGACGCCCGAGGUGAGCGUCAAGGGCAUACUCAAGACGGUCGCUGGGUUGAAGAAGGAGGACAAUGGGGCCUUUUUCGAGUACAAUGGCAACAGGAGGCAAUGGUGAUGGGUGGUUUUGGCCAUGUGAACAAAGCAAGAGUUGGGAUGGUGCCUAUCUUUUUGUGCGAUGGGAAGUCAAAUGGGCACGAAACCUACAGUAACACACAGCCGCAAAGUUUCUGGCAAAACGUCGAGCUGUUGUCGCAACCGUCAUGUUAAAGCCUUGUUGGAUUUUAAGCGAAAUGAUUCCGAUGCGAUUGAUGUCUUUGGCCAGCGUGCCAGUCCAGAAUUUGGCUGAUUAAGCCGACGCGCCCUCUGAUUAUUAGGCCUGUAGGGCAGGUGGGUACCUAGAAUUGAAGCAGGUACAGUAAAUUGGGUCGGCGGGAACUUGAUGUCAUGGGAGGCCUGUCGCUAGGAGUAAAUUAACGCCUUGUGCGUCACGGAAAAUCGGCCUCUGGCAUUCAACGAUAAUUCGGGGUUUUUUUUUAUUCUUCUUCCUGUACAGACGCCGCAAACGACAAGCAAGAUCAACAAUCAGCCAUGAACUUGGCAGGGCCGAAUGCAGCCGUGCAGUAGCUCGCCAACUACCGGCGCAGAAAAAUCAACAAACCCCGCAAAAAUCUCGUACUGGACUUGCCACCAACUAAAUUACACGUAAUUUGCUCUAUGCUGCUACCCAUUUUUACCAAGUCUUGCAAGUCGCUCCUCUUGAUGGGCGGAAGUCUAUAGCCGCGGGGCAAGCUAGCGGACGCUGGAUACGACCUUCCCAAGUUGCAUUCCAAGUUCUGAAAAUAGAUUUCAGCCACGAGAAAUUGAGAGAUCAUCAACAAACUGCCCGUUGCAGUCUGUACAGUGAAGUAGACAACGCACGACGUGGGUACCCUUGACUCGAUUUCCUUGAUCAAAUGGCACUCUAGGCCUUCCGAAUACGAGGGCUCCAGUUAACCGACGGCUAACGCCUGUUGAGCGCGCCAGAUCAGGAA